ACGACAGGGCGAUAUCUAGCAUGCCAUUUCCAACCUCCAGUGGAGGCGAAUUCUUCGCCUGUAUGCUACCACCUACACCGAGCUAGUGUGGGAGUUCUACUGCACUUUUCGCAUGGCGGCGUAUCGCCCCAACCUGGCCUAUGCUGAUGGUAUCAUGUUCAUACUCGGGAAUGUGGACCAGGAGAGGAGUGUCGACUAGUUCAUGGAGGCACUAGGCAUGAGCUUCCGGUCUCUUAGCUACCAUGUCUUCGAGGGGCCGACCUCGUAGGGCAUGGAUCUUUUCUCCUUCAACACCGCCAUAUGUUUGUCGGCGUUCCAUGAGGUGUCGUUCGAGCCUAGGCAGACCAAUGCCACCACCUUGCUGCCAUAGUGGAGGACCAUCCACCUCAUGCUCACCCGCCCGGUCUACCCCAGUGUCACAUCCUCUCACAAGAAUGCGCUUUAUCAUAUAUACUCGAUGACGAAGUCGAACGCCAACCUGCAUUUGGGCUCUAUGGUGGCGAAGAUCUUUGCCAAGUCAGCAAAGCACCCUCGACAUCUGUUCUGUGGUGCCCUGGUCACUAUGCUGGCUAGGAAGCUAAGGAUCAGCCUUAGCGGCCUCACCGACAUCUCCUCUACAGUUGGCUAUUUCUACCUCACUCGGGAUGUCAUCUUCAACCAGGGGUUGCUAAUGGAGGCCGACGGAGCAUAAAGUUUCCACUAACCCGUAAAAAGUGGCCCCAAUCCUUGGGGAUGCGGUAAUACAUCUAAGAAAUAAUUCCAUCGAACGUAUUCUCCCCUGGAGCCGGGAAUAGCGACAUGGACUAAAUGCCCUGUCGAAGCUAAGGAACUUACUCCGAAUAACUGACAAAUGAUGAUUGCCACGAGAUUCAGCUUUACGUAAGGAUUAUAUUGCCCCCAAUUUUUAUGAAAUACAAGAUGCUCAUUGAAAUUCAAUAAUAAGACACUAAUUUUUAG